GCCAACUUUCCGCCUCGCGUUUCUGCCAGAAUCAUCAACUCUAAACUGCCAGAAGAUAUGCCGGAACAAGUAUGUUUGGCCCCUGAUGGGAGCCAGGUCUGGACCUUUGGCAUGAACAAUCUUCCAAGGACCAUCAUCAUUGCACUCACCCUCGGCUGCCUACCGCUGGCUGUUGUCCUACUGGGCCCAAAACUUAUCUUCUGGCUUGGACGCACCGCGGGGUUAUAUUUGAGGAAGAAGACGGCCGGAAGGAAAGCACAGGUACUGGAGUUGACAGAGAAGGAUCAGGCAGAAUGGGAAGAAGACGGGAAGGAUCGGCGCAAUAGUGAUGACUGGGAGAGCGUGGACGCCUAUGCUGUUGGGACUGCGAAGAAUGGAGAGAAAGGGGAGGAGGAAUGGGAUGGUAUUGUGGGAUUCUUACAUCCUUUCUGUAAUGCAGGAGGCGGCGGUGAACGAGUCCUCUGGGCGGCGAUCAGAGCAACACAAAAGCGCUGGCCGAAAGCAAAGUGUAUUGUCUAUACCGGCGAUCACGAUGUCGACAAAGCUGCGAUCCUAGCUCGCGUAAAGAACCGCUUCAAUAUCCACCUCCAUCCCCCGACUGUCACCUUCCUCUAUCUCACCACUCGAUCCUGGGUCCUCGCAUCUUCAUGGCCACACUUCACACUUCUAGGGCAAUCCCUAGGCUCUAUUGUCAUGGCUUGGGACGCUUUCUCCCUCCUCACACCGGACAUAUUCGUUGAUACGAUGGGUUAUGCUUUCGCGCUUGGGUUCUCAAAGAUCCUCUUCCGAGAUGUUCCAACUGGCGCCUAUGUUCACUAUCCUACGAUCUCAACCGACAUGCUUGGUUCCCUCGAUCCGAACUCUGCCACAGGAACGCAAGGGGUGAAUGCGGGAAAGGGCGCCGGUGCAGUCGGGGGGUUCAAGAAAUUAUACUGGGAGCUCUUUGCAUCCAUGUAUUCUGCGGUUGGUGGCUCCAUAGAUGUUGUUAUGACGAACUCAACAUGGACGCUUGGGCACAUUAAGUCAUUAUGGGAUGGGUGGCGAAAGGAGCUACAGGCGAACAAGCCAGUUGUCGUAUAUCCCCCUGUGGCCGUCGAAGAGUUGGAGAGGGAGAUUGAGGUCUCAGCAGCUAGUGAGAAGAAGAGGGAGAACAUUCUGCUUUACAUUGCACAAUUUCGACCGGAGAAGAACCACCAACUCAUCCUUACCGCAUUUGCCGAGUUCAUGGCUACAAGGUCACCAGCAACAAGAGGCGCAAAGUUGGUAUUGAUAGGAAGCGUGAGAGAUGACGGGGACUCGAAGAGGGUGUACGAGCUCAGGCUCCUGGCAAAUGAGCUUCAGAUCAAGGAGAGCGUGGAGUUCCACCUUGAUGCUUCGUGGCCGGAGAUCUUGGAGUGGUUGAGGAAAGCAAGCAUUGGUGUUAAUGGGAUGUGGAAUGAGCAUUUCGGUAUCGGGGUUGUGGAGUACCAGGCAGCAGGGUUGAUCUCUGUCGUGCAUGACUCUGGAGGACCGAAGAUUGACAUCGUCACCAAGAUUAAUGAUGAACCUACAGGCUUCCACGCAACAACGGCUUCCGAGUUUGCUAAAGCCUUCGAACAAGCACUCGCUCUUGAAGACAAGCUUGCAAUGCGUCUCCGAGCUCGAGAAUCAGCGAAGAGAUUUACGGAAGAGGAAUUUGCUAAGAGGUGGGUUGUACAGAUGGAGAAGUUGGUUAUCCUGAGACAGAAGAAGGAAUUGGCACUUAGAGCGAAAUAAUACCCCGUUAUAGAGAAUUGAUUGGAUAUUUCAUGCAAG